AUGGCGCCAGCUCCAGUAUCGGGUGGUCCGGGCGAUGUUUCACCAACAGGCGGCUCGGGGUCUGCAACGAACUCCAAGAUGAGGAAGAGGACCAAGACUGGAUGUCUCACCUGUCGGAAACGCCGCAUAAAGUGUGGUGAGGAGAGACCUACUUGCGCCAACUGCAUCAAGUCCAAACGUCAGUGUGAGGGCUACAACCAGAGGGUCAUCUUCAAACCACCAAUUGGCGACUGGCCAAAUCACCCAGGCGUGGUCAGCACUAUACAAUAUCACACUUCAAUGCUUCCUGGGACACGUAACCAAUCAUAUCGCGGGCCUGAGCCAGCUACCGCUGUGGAAGAGAGCAUGCUUGGUUCGAUUCAACCUCGCCCGCAUGGUAGCUUCGACUUCUCACACAUCGACACGAGCUCAGGUCCUGGGCCUUCAGAACCCCAGCAAGGUUACGCUGGAAGGAAUCCCAGCUAUACACACGAGCAGGCUUAUCAGCAGCCGAUGCCGUCCCCUCUUCACCAACAGCCGCUUCCCUCGCCAAACCACCAAGCACAUAGCCACACUCCCACCGCUUCAUAUUUUCCGCCGCCUUCGUCAAUGCACACAAGUCCACAAACACAAUUUAGACACGAUUCGCACAGCACCUACCAACCACCCCUUCAAUAUACCCAGAGUUCAUCAUAUCCACCGGUUUCAGUCUCGUACAACCACGAAUCCAACCCAAAGGCCGCGGUUCCUCAGCCUCCGCCGAUCUACUCACAAGCCUAUCGAUCUGAUAGCCAACAAGCCGAAGGUCCUUAUCGGGAUCAUUCAAGUGUAUCACCUCGAAGCGACCAAUAUCCCCAUUACACAGAGGCACCGCUGGGGGUGCAAAGAUAUGACAGUCAUCCGCAAGCCCCUGUACACCCUGUGCAAGGAACUUCGGCAGAUUUCAGCCAAAUUGCAAAUCUUAACUACCCAGCAGCAGUUUCUCACGCUGACUUCAGUCAUGCAAGCUAUCCUCCUGUCCAGAUGCCAAUUCAUGAUAUGACCCCAGAUGUAAAGUAUAUGUCACAGCCUGUCCUCGAACAACCUUCCGCCGUACCACAAGCGCAGCGAUCUCAACCGCAACUUCUCCUCGAUGGCUUUGGUGGUGACGACCACGUUAGCCCUACACAAGUUCUCGACGAAGCCGCAAUCGAAAACGAAGAUGACGACUACUGGGAUGUUCAAUCGGACGAAGACAUGUUUGAUGCGGAAUUUGUGGGGGAUGAAAAUGCCUUACUUGCGAGCAAAGAGUUCGACAACAUCCGUCGCAUACACCUUGAGAACUACAACGAGCUGGGGAUCAGACGUUAUGAUGCAUUCUUGUAUGACGGGUUGCUGUCAAACUAUAGACCAGAAUAUGCGGCAAGCCCUUUGCGCAAUCCCAAGACUGCGAGAGUUUUCGCGCACUACAUACAUGUGACCGGACCAACGUUAUCAAUGUACGAACGAAAUCCUAGAAACCCCACCCUCAUCUUUGAAAGUACUACGCACCCCGCUCAGCAAGGUCUUUGGACAUACACACUGCCUCUGAAGGCUCUCAGUCAUCAGGGAUUGUUGCACGCCAUGUUAGCGCUUGCGAGCCUGCACAUUGCAAGAUUGCAAGGCGCCUCCAUAACACCGUCCUACAAGCACUACGCAUACUCCUUGAAACGACUCGUCCGCUCUCUCAGUGAUCCUAAGAAACGUCUAUCAACCCUGACAUUGGCCACUUCCUUACUUCUGGCCUUCUACGAAGUUUGGACAGCAGAGCAUGUCAAAUGGGGUACGCAUCUUAUCGGUGCCCAGCGCCUCAUCACUGAGCUCGACUUUCGGUCAUUAACGCGCGAGGCAAGACGGCUGCGAGCGGUGCAGACUGCCAUGGAGCGACAAUUCCCAUACCAAAACCCUGAGAUGCUCAUCGACCAGAGGCAGUUUGAUCAGAGACUCACAGAUAGCGCUUUGAUGCCAGAUCAGAGUCUUGUAAGCACGAUUGUAGGCCAAAAGGUCAACUAUGACGACUUCGGAAUGGUAUUCGAGGACAACGGCCCAAGGCACGACACAAGACCUAACAUACCUGCGAAAUUGGACCUGCAAAGCUACGAGACACUACAGGAUAUAUACUGGUCAUACGCUAGGCAUGAUGCUUAUCAAAGCAUUAUCAGUGGCAAUCGCCUUAUCAAUUCCUAUCGCAAAUGGUCUGAUUGCCCUCCAAGAGCCCCGCUUGGCCGAGCCGAUGCACUCUAUGGCUCUCACGACCAUAUUAUCCUUCUUUUGGGUCGCAUCGCAGACUUCAUGGUCAGAGACCGCAGUCGCAAACUUCGACAAAUAGAAGCGGACGGUGGAUGGCGACCACGUCCUAAUAUGCCUGGUUUUGGGAACAUGGGAUCGCCUCUAGGCGGCCCACAUGGUCAGCAACAAAUGCCCCCGAGCUCUACAGGACCUCCACCUCAUAUGCAAGGUCCACCACCAGGAUGGAAGGGGCCACCACCGCCAGGCUGGACAGGUCAGCCUCCAUCACAACCUCCACCAGGCUUCGGACCGCCACCUAUGUCGGCUAGAAAACCGCCUCAGGGUGGUCAGCCCAAACCAUCAGCUAUGCCUAAUUUUUAUGGAAUGGCGCCAUCGGCAGGCCCAGGACCCAUUCUUUCCAGUUACGAAAAUCCAAAUUAUGAACGCUCACCACAGACCCCAAACACGCCUCACCCUCAAUAUACUGACCUACCUUCUGAAUACGAAAAGGCAAUUUCAGAGUGGGAGAGCAUAAACGAUGCACACACGGCAGUCGUGCGUAUCUUGGAACAAACUGAUACCUUCGCACCAUUGCCAGAAGACACUUAUCCACCAGCGCCAGGAGAAUACCCUAAUCAACAAGGAAACAUGACACCCUUCGGCCCAGCUAUAUUACACAGAAGCUACGACAUAUCCAUUAUAUGGACACUGGUUCACCUCUCCAAGAUCAUCCUUCUACGGUCUCACCCGGGUAUGCCACCCGCUGCACAAAUGGCGGCUGGUGUAUGUGCAUCCGCCACCGCCCCAUACUGCAUGCUCAUCGGCCGCAUAUGUGCCGGUUUCCAGAUGCCCAUCGAUUCAGAUCUCUCUCCCUUCCUUGGCGCAGUCUUGACAGAAUCUACCUUGUCGCUGUUCUUUGCCGGCAUUACAUUUCAGGACCCGCGACAACGCGAGUGGCUCAUAACCAGGCUGUUAGAAACAGAUAAGAGGACAGGCUGGGCUAGUGCAGGGACCAUUGCUGUAGGAUGUGAGACAGCAUGGACAAAGGCUGCCGAGAUAGGAAGAGGGCCGCCAUACAAGAGGAGGACGAAACGGGCUCCAGCAGUUAGCCUUGAAACCGAAGAGGAGGAAAUUGGUGGAAGAAAUAAGGAGCAAGCCAGGGUACAAGAGAUACAUAGGGAGACAAGAUAUGUGGUUAAGAAUCGGCCACCACCGUGGGCUAUGAAUUUGUUGGGCACUGAGGAAGAUCUUAGAGUUGGCAUGGAGAGAUUUGGAUUGUAA